AUGGCUGAACGCUCGGAUGCCGUUCACUACCGCCGACAAACAGCCACGCCGAUGCGAACCAUCUCCGCCGCCUUGGUCGAUGCGGAACCAGGCGCGCUUCGCGAGCUGGACUGGCACCCGAAUGGCGAUGAGUGGCAAUACUAUGUCGAGGGGCAGGGCCGGAUGACUGUUUCCGCCAGUGAGUCAAAGGCCCGCACCUUUGACUAUCAGGCUGGCGACGUCGGCUAUGACGUGUCGCUGACCCAGUGGCUGGCGCUUACGCCGCACCGGCUCGUCCAAUCACACCUGAAUAUCAACCAUGCGAUCAUCAAUGGCCUGCCGACGGUCAAACAUCCUGCAGGUGACUACGGCGACACGAGUUUUGCCUGCAAUCAAGAACCGAACGCCGGCAUCGCGUCGUUCGACGGACGUAACUUCUCCUACGCCCACGCCAGCCGGUGCACCGACACGGUGAAGGCGAGAUCUGCAGGGGUGCUUACCGUUUCCGAGACGUGCCGCGCUCUCGGCGAUGGUAGCCCGGCGAAGCCCGACACCAUGACGUUCAAGAUGCGCCUGAAGGGCCCCGAACGCUUCGACCUCAUCAAGGGUAACGUCAGCAGGACGUUCCGCCGCUGCGGCGCGCUCGGCUAUUUUGACAAGCAUUGA